AUGAAUCUUAUACUAAUAUUAAUUAUUACUACACUAAUUUCUUUUAUCCUAAUACUAGUAAGCUUUUGACUACCACAAAUAUUACCAGACAUAGAAAAACUCUCCCCCUAUGAAUGUGGCUUUGAUCCUUUAGGCACAGCACGACUACCAUUCUCCAUUCGUUUUUUUCUAGUAGCCAUCUUAUUUCUUCUUUUUGAUCUAGAAAUUGCUCUUCUACUUCCAACCCCAUGAGCAAUUAACCUCUCACAACCCACAACCACUAUAAUAUGAACCUCUACAAUUAUUACACUACUAACUGCUGGCCUAAUUUAUGAAUGAGUCCAAGGCGGCUUAGACUGAGCUGAA